GAUUCUGUACAGCUAACUAGCCAGACGAAGCCUCCCUUGUCUCUCUCUCUUUUUUUAUUUAUUUAUUUUUUUUAUUUGAGGGGUUGAACCUUUGAGCUCCGUAUGUGGCGUUUUGCUACCUGCAGGAGCGACUUGACAUUCCAGACCUCCCACUCCCGGCCCCGCUCCGCCCGCUCCUCCCAGCGGUUUAAGUGACUGGGCUCACUUCUGCUUGCCACUUUUUAUGGUUGUAAAUUGUUCUGCUUUCCGUUUUAACUGGAUAGUGUGCCAACUGCCUUUCCCACCGUUUGCGGUCAUUUAUAAAAAAUAAAUAAAAAAAACUCCCUUUUGGAUUUAAAGAGCGGGCUCGUGAAGCGACAAAGGCUUAAGAGGACAACAUGUUGGCUGCUCAGGGGUUUUUGGUGGUUUUAAUAGUUUUUAACGACAUGAUCAGCUGUGAAGCAGAUCGUCGCCUUCCUGCUCCCACAGGGCUGUCAUCCUACUGGCCUGACCAGUUAACUUACAGUGUCAGUUGGAGCCAAUCUGAAGAUCUGCCAGAGGGUUGCGAAAUCAUAUAUAAUAUAUAUAACCUGAGUCAUGAAGAUGGGCAAUCAAAGCCAUACCUGCAAUGUACAGGUUUGACUUUGGAAGCAAAACAUCUAAUGCAGCCAAAGUCCUCCAGUCAGUUGAAGCUCAACAUUACAACGUUUAGCGAGAAAUGCAGUGGUUGGAGUGAAAGUGAACCUUCUAGCAUAACCAUUUCUACACUAAAGCCAUACGCCAAGCUGGUGAAGAACUUCAAAUGUGUUAUUAAACCCGGAGGACUGGACUGUUCCUGGAUCCCAGUUGAUCCAUCUCAGAAACUGACGCUCUCCUACAGGAAUUGUGGAAUAACCCAAAGCAGAUACUUACAACAAUGUGAUAACAUGGACAGCAGAGGAGAAAGGUGGACAUGUUUUCUGAAACUCUGCGAGGAUUUUCAAUAUACGUAUGUGGUUGUGGAAACUGAAGAUAAAAUGAACACCUUUGAACCUGAACUUGGAUUUGAUUUGCCAGAGUUGACCAUCAAAGAGAAGGGAGAUUAUCUCAAACUAACAUGGUCUCCUCCAGAGGUUACAAGAAACUGUACAUUGACAUAUAGUGUCUGGUACAAAGAAUGCAAUGAAAAAAAACACAUGACCACAAGGAAUGUAGGGCAUUUGGACAUUCCCUACAAUAAAUGCUGCAAGUACGAGUUUCAGUACAACGUUACGACCAAUAAAUUCUGCCCUAAAGUCUCCAGUGACAACAGCCCUGUCAAAACUCACGAAGCCGAAGUGUCUUGUACCAGCACAGCCACUGUCAUCGCCAUCGUCAUCCCUGUUAUCCUCUUCAUCUGCAUCAUGCUGUCCUUCUACUGCUUCAAGAGGCACAGAUCAAUAAUCUGUCCUGAGAUCCCAGAACCAUCAGACCUUUUUAAGGAAAUGAUGAGUGUAAAGUCAGCUAAAAAGCCUGUACAGGUACCGCUGUACACACCUGUGCCUGAACCAUGUGAAUCCAAAAACAUCACUCUUUUACCCAAAAAGAGCCCCUUCAAGGAAAAUUUCUGACAUGUACCAUACAUGUUCAUAAAAAUAUCUGCAGUGCAGCUGGACUUGAACUUGAGUCAAUCAGGGACUUUUACUAACGUAGCAGUAAGGUGAAAGGAUUUAUCCCACUUACCCCUUCAGGAAAAAAGCUUCGGGCUUGGCUCCGAAUCAGGAAUUCGCUGCAUGGAAUCUGUGCUGUACAGACCGGACUGUAGUCAGGAGAGGACUUCAACCAUUAAAAGCUGUCAAAAAAAACAAUGAUUUCCUUGGGAGAGCAAAUGCAUGCUGACGAAGUUCUCCAUGGACGAGAUACGAACAUGUCACCCCUAAAAUCAGCCGCCUUGCCGUGGACCCAGACAUAAAGACGACAAUAAUAACCAAAAAGAAAGACGAGGGUGGGGUGAAUGCUUUGGUUGGAUUCUGUAAAUGAGCUGUGCUUAAAUUGUUCAAAGUAGCAAAUGAAAUGUGACUGUGAUCUCGAUAGAACAUAACCUAUUUUAUGAUUCCUGUUCAUGUGGCUGUGUGCUAAAGUUUCCCUCUGAACAGUGGGAUAGGAGUAUAAAUAUUUGUACAAAAGUAAAUGUUGAUAUUGUAACAGAGAAUGAAGCUGUUGUCCCGGCUGACCAGGACUGUGUUGGGCUUACACUAGUUUCCUUUAACUUUCUUUGUGUUCCAUUCUUUGGAUGGAAAUCAGGGUUUUCUCACACAAGGUAACGAUGGAAAAUCUUGGUGGUCUUCACAUACGCAACUUCCAAACUCUUUUCAAGGGAACUGUGAUUUGUAUAAAUAUCUGAGAAAACAUUAAAUGAAUUACAAGUGUGUGUGUUUGCACUAUGUAUGUUGCCUUUGUGCAGUCUUAUUGUUGCCUUAUCACAGAUGAAGAGUGUCCAACUGAUGUUUCAACACCAUCAGUUAUGUGCUCUUCCUUCCUCAAAAUGAGAGCAGCUCUUCUUCUUCUGCUUUGUGGCACUUACUUCAGCCUUGUUGGUCUGUUUGUGGUUUUUGCUGCUAACCAUAUAGUAAGACAACAGAUGUGUGUGUUGCAAAGGUGUAUUUACAUGUGUUAUUUCUUUGUAGUCGCAGUUUAAAAGGAAAUAAAGACCAUAUUCCAGCUUAAA